UUUCAUAAAGAAAAAGGCAUGGUUCACGUACUCCACUCUGAAUCGUCGCAUUAAACAGUUCAAAUACUGUUCCUCUGAUGCUACUACAACGCCAUGUGAGGUUAGCCCUCAAGCAACUAAACUCUCAGGGCAGGCCAUACAAAAUUGGAAUUUUUUAAGAUUGCUACCCCUCAUAAUUGGUGACCGAGUGAAAGAUGUGUCAGAUGAUGUGUGGCAGUUGACUCUGUUGCUGAAAGACAUUGUGGACAUGAUAUGUGCUCAGAAAAUCUCUGUAGCUCAGGUUGCAUAUCUUGAUGUUCUCAUUCAAGAAUAUUUAGAAUCAAGAAAAGCUCUCUUUCCAGAAAGUAACCUGAGGCCAAAGCAUCAUUAUUUACGUCAUUACCCUGCCCUGAUUCUGAAAUUUGGCCCUUUGAUCCGUCUGUGGACUAUGCGCUUCGAAAGUAAGCACAGCUAUUUCAAGAGGUGCGCACGGAAUCUAAAGAAUUUCAAAAACCUCUGUCUUACUCUCUCAGAAAGACAUCAGAUGUUGCAGGCUUAUCUUUCUGCAGGAUCAAUGGGUAAAGCUGUUCUGCAAGUUAAAGGUGGUUCUCCUUUUUACUCUGUACUGUACAGUAAAGCCAUUCAAGAUGCAGUCAGCCAAUUCGGCUUCAAUGAUGCCAACACAAAGGUCACUGUUGAAAUUCUAUAUAAGGGAACAUCAUACAAGAAAGGACAAUUCCUUGUCACAGGGAACAUUGACUCUGUGGAGUUUGGUGAACUCAUCCUUAUUUUGAUAAGAAAUGACACAGUUUAUUUUCUGGUGUCUGUGUAUAUGGCAGAGUUCCUUCCUCAGUACCAUCUGUACUCGGUUAGGAAAGACAAUGAAAAGAUGCACUGUGUGAACAUUAGUGACUUGAUAGAUUUCUAUCCAUUGCAUUCUUACAUGAAGGAUGGAUACCAAAUUGUUCCACUGAAACACAGUGUCUUGUCACACUAGUUAGUGUCCUGGGCUGUUAUUCUUGUGUUAAUUGACCGUUAUUCACUCUUUCAUAAUCAGGAAUGGAUGAUGCAGAGCAAAGCAACAUAUGCAGUGCCAUUACUAAGGUGUUGCCGGACCUCCCUACCUCAGUUCUAAAUACUGUAGAGGAGAUGCUACAGUCCUUGGGGGUGGAGACCACUGAGGAUUUUCAGUUCAUUCAGGAAAAGGAUCUUCUUUCAGUAUUGAGACCAAUUCAAGCAAGGAAAUUGGUAGCUGCCUGGCAACAACCUACACGGAGCACUGAAAUCCACAUCCAGUCACCAUUUACUUCUCCGGCUUCCUCGAUGCACUCCUCAUUCUCCUCUGACUCGCCAAAUUGGCAAAUACCUGCUGCUGAUUGGGUUGACAGCUUCAAGAUUCCAUGGGAGAAGUUUCCAGAAGCGUUGAUACAGUGCUUUGAGAGAAACAAAAGGCCAAGCCCACGAUUACGAAGAGAAAUGGUACGGAUUGUCAUUUCUGACAUGCUGAAAGCCUGUGCUUCACCCAGUAAACAAGCUUCCACAGAAGUAGCCAAAAGAAUUGUUGCAAAGUAUCCGCAGUCACUGCAAGAUGUCAUAGAAGGUGAUGUGGUGGGAACAGGAUAUCACUCACUGGCUAAGCAGUUACAAACCCGAAUCGAAAAUGUGAGACGGUCUUCAUCGCCAAAGAUGAUUAAGCGCAGACGAGGAUCAGAAGAGUAUGACACAGAUGAAGUCCCAGCCGAAAAAAGGGCAGCUGUUCAGGACACAUAUGGCUGUGUAAAGUGGGACAUGAAAUACAUGCCACUUGAUGAGACACUGGAAACACUGCAGGAAAAGAAGGACAAAAUGAAAGUGCUCAAUGAACAGACCAACUUCAGUCCAGAUGAUGUGAAAGUGCUUAUGAAGUGCACCUACUACACUCAACGUAAAGAGAUAAACAAGGGAACAGAUCUGCAGUCACUCGUGGAGGACUGGCCUUUUUUGUUUCAGGAGAUUGGCAUGACGGUCCACUUCCAAGAGCUCACUGGGGUAUCACUAAAGGAGACUUUUCUGAACAGCAUAGAGAAAAAAGGAAAACGUCUUUUGGACUUUAUAAAAAACAUCUGUGCAGCAAAGAGCAAACGGGUUCUGCAGGUCGUCACCAGGCUGGAAGUCCUGAGAGGACAGUUAGAGGGCUGUUCAGAAGAUGUGAAGGAUAUGGUGCUCCUCCUUCUAUCCUAUUUUGAUGAAAAAGAGCAGAGCCUCUUCCACUAUGUAGAAGCAACAUGUCUGGCUAAAGAAGUGGACGUGGAAAGCCUGCCUGUGACACCUUGCAUCAUUGUAUGUGGACCUACCUGCUAUACCUCAACGCGGUUCAUGCUGAGUGUAGACCGCAAGGUUGUGAAUGACCUCAUCCCCACCUUCAUCUCUGCCAUCUGUUUGAUGUUUGGGAGCUACUAUUGCCUCAAUAUCCACUACCCUAUGGAGCUGGGUUCUACGCUGGAGUUCCUUCAGAGGUGUUUCUUCAACAUCAAUCCAGAGAAGGGCACAAAAGUUGAGACCAAGAAAAACAAGAAGCAACUGUCAGUGAACCCAAGAGUCCUCACUCUCAUCGCAGAUCUCUCUGAUCAUGAGUGGAGAGACACAUGCUGAAGAUGGAGUUAACUGUUAAGACUGAACUUUUAUGCACUGUUCAGAUUCAAAUUGCAACAUGCUAUACACUUCAACAACACUGAAACAUUCUAAAAAACUUGCCAGUUUAUGCCAAUAUGUUAUAGAUGAGACGGUGUAUUGUUUCCACAGCAAUUAAUCUCUAUACUACUGUUCCAAUUGCUGGCUUUUCAACCUUUUUUAUUUCUGAAUAUAUUUGUUGUGUCUUCAGAUAUAAGUGAG